AUUGUCUGGCGGGCGGCGGGCGGGCGGGCGUCGCGCGCCUCCUCGGCGGGGCAGAGUUUCUCCCCGGCCCCUGGCGAGGGGCGACGAUGCCUCAAGAUGGCGGAGGCGGCUGAGCUGAAGCACAUGGUUAUGAGCUUUCGGGUCUCGGAGCUGCAGGUGCUUCUGGGCUUCGCCGGGCGCAACAAGAGCGGGCGCAAGCACGAGCUGCUCACCAAGGCGCUGCAGCUGCUGAAGUCGGGCUGCAGCUCCGCCGUCCAGAUAAAAAUCAAGGAGUUGUACCGGAGGCGUUUCCCCCGCAAGAUCCUCACCCCUUCGGACUUAUCCAUGCUCCACCUCCAGGCCGGGCCGCUGCCCUCGGCCACGGCUUUGACCCAGGGCGCCAUGUGCCACCUGCCUUACGACAACGGAGCGGUAGGCUCCAGUAUGCCAGCCGGCAUGCUGCCUCCCGUGCCGAUGCUGGGCUCCAAACACGAGGCUGACGUGCCUCACCUGUCGCCCCCCGUCCACCCCGUCCAUCCGGACGUGAAGAUGCGACGCCUGGCCUUCUACGACGUGUACGACGAACUCAUCAAGCCCACCACCCUGGGGAGACAGGAUAGCCAUGCUCACGUGCUGUGGAAGAUGGGCAGAAUUGCUUGGAGUCUUUCCAGCAGGACAAGGAACCAGGGCUUUAAGUCAGAGGUCGCCACCUCUGGUACUGGUCCGUGGCCCUUUGGGAAGCAGGCCGCACGAGCAGCGGCUUCGGUGAACAGCCAGAGGUUUGAAGAAGCUCAUUUCACCUUUGCUCUCACUCCCCAGCAGGUGCAACAGAUUCUCACUUCGAGAGAUAUCUUACCUGGUGCCAAAUGUGAUUAUACUGUACAGGUACAACUGAGGUUUUGCUUAUGUGAAACCAGCUGCCCGCAAGAAGAUUACUUCCCUCCCAAUUUGUUCGUGAAGAUCAAUGGGAAGCUGUGUCCUUUGCCCGGUUAUCUGCCUCCCACCAAAAACGGUGCGGAACCGAAGCGGCCGAGUCGACCGAUCAACAUCACGCCCUUGGUGCGCCUUUCAGCCACGGUCCCCAACACCAUUGUGGUCAACUGGUCGUCGGAAUUUGGCAGGAAUUACUCCCUGUCCGUUUACCUGGUGAAGCAGCUGACCUCGGUGACGUUGCUGCAGAAACUGAGAGCCAAGGGCAUCCGCAACCCCGACCACUCCCGAGCCCUGAUCAAAGAGAAGCUGACAGCUGAUCCUGACAGCGAGAUCGCCACCACGAGUUUACGAGUGUCGCUCAUGUGUCCGCUGGGCAAGAUGCGGCUGAUCGUUCCCUGUCGUGCCUUUACCUGCACCCACCUCCAGUGCUUCGAUGCGGCCCUGUAUCUGCAGAUGAAUGAGAAGAAGCCCACCUGGACGUGUCCCGUCUGCGACAAGAAGGCUCCCUAUGAGGGAUUGAUCAUUGACGGGCUGUUCAUGGAGAUCCUGAACUCUGUGACGGACUGCGAUGAGAUCCAGUUCAUGGAAGACGGUUCCUGGUGCCCCAUGAAGCCCAAGAAGGAGAACCAGGACGUUUGCCAGCCGUCCGCGUACAAUGGACUGGAAGCCUCCCUGUACACAGUAAGUUCAGAGGGAAAGCCACUGCCCGAAAGCAAGAAGAAGGUGGAGGUGAUUGACCUGACCCUGGACAGCUCUUCGGACGACGAGGAACUCCUUGCCAAGAAAGUGUGUUCGGUGGCCAUUGCGGCCAUCCCGCCAGCAGCCGGACCAAAAUGGGUUUUGAACGCAGACCACCAGCCCUCCUCGGUGUUGCGGAGCCCCUCAAUGGCUGCGAUGGGCAGUGAUUUUCUCUCCAGCCUCCCCCUGUCAGACUACCACCCUUCUUAUCCGGUCCCUUCAGACAUUCAAGGUCUGGAUUUGUUUUCCUUUCUUCAAAGUGAAAACCAGCACUACGGGCCCUCCGUGAUCACCACCUCGGACGAACAGGAGUCGCUGAGCCAUUUUUUUCAGUAUCGGGGGACCUCCCCGCAUUUCAUGAGCCCCCUCUCUCCGAUUGUGGUGGGAUCCCACAAUGGGGUCAGCUCCCCCACCAGCAGCCGCAUGAACAGCGUGGUCUCUUCGCCCACGGCCAGCUUGCGGGAGAGCCACGGGGCCAUGGGAAGCAGCCCGGCUCUGCCGGGGUGUCGGCCGGACAUCAUCUCUCUGGACUAAAGGGGGGGGGCACACCCUCUGGGACUCCCUUCCCCUCUGGAGGAAGGAAGACAUUUUGGCAACUGAGGCAACGUGUCGGCAGCUGAGAAGAGGGGAAGAGGCACGGCGGAGGGAUUCUACUUUGUGACCGCUGUCGUCCUAAAGUGAGCCUGGAAAAUCAUGGCAGUUUUAAAGCUGGAAACUCUCCCGGACGCCAAGCUUUCGGUCCGUGUGGAUUGCAGAGGGCUCCGUCUCUGAAUCAGAAGAGUCACAGCUGAAUGUGGGUCAUGGGAGCGGGGGCUAAGCGGGAGUUCAAUCUUCUGUUGUAUGUCCAAGUUACAGAACCCUGGCCUUUUGCUUAGCUGUGGAAACCCAGUUUAAGGUGGGCAGGAUCGGAUGAGUGCAGCAGACGGGGGCAUUUGAAAUUCUGCACGGCUUGAACUCGGAACAAGCAGUCAGGACCACACUGGGUCAAGCAUGGCACAAGUUCAUUGGAUCGGGAGCCUGCUGGCCAAAUCUGAAGGCCGCCUUAAAUCUCCACGUUGGAGGAUUCGAAGGCUGACGUGUUUUGAAUCGGGAACAUUUGGCGGAACCCUGGAAGUUGGCUCCUCCUCGCAUUAAAACAAACAUUUUUUUUUUUUAAAGGAUGCUGGCUAGACCAAUUGAGGCCAAUAUGAAUGUUUUGCAGGUUCUUGCAUUUUCACAGCUCUGUUGUUGGGGAAGGAGCAGAGUUUUUUCCCUAACCAGUUUUUUCUCUAACUCCCAAAGUGUAUUUUCUGUACUUAUAAAAGGCCAGCAGCCUCUUUGGAGGUUUGAAGGUGUAACAAGGGAAAGCUGAGUUUUAUGCAGAAAAUUCCACUGCUUUCUGUUCCCCCUCUUUGGGGGAAGUUCCCAUAGGCAGCCAGGAGAAGGCAGAAGACCCGCGGGAAGGCUGGGAAGCGUCUGCCCUCUUUGCUCAUCCGUGCCCCCUCCAGCUGAGCCUUCCCUUUUGGAAAUCUCUACGCAGAGACGGGAUGCUCGCCUUGUCCUGGGGCGAAAAAAGUUGCCAAGGAGAUGUUUGAGCUGUGAGGUGCAAAGUUUGAAUCCCAACUUCGGUGAAGCACGACUACCACCCCCAGAACAGAAGACAAUUCUUCUCGGACACUCCUAGCUUCAGAUUUUGUAGAAUCCAACCAGAACUGCCAUCGGGCCACCGAAGGGAGCCCUGGGAAUGCGCCGGGUGGAUUUUUUAGGAUUUUGGUUGGGGCACCUGGCACUGCCUGCCUGAUGUGGAUUUGCAAGGGGGGGGGGUGUUCCCUUUGAAGCUGGCUUUCCAUACCCCUGGGGUGGGCUCAGGGGCCAAGGGACCGUCUGCCAGGCUGCCUUCAAAAACCCCACCAUCCGGUUGCCGUUACUGGUGGUUUCCAGGGAUUGCCCGGUCUGUAGGCUCUUGCUGUUACCAUGUAUUUUUUUACACUUUAAAUCUUGUAUUUCCACCCCCCCCCUUAAAAGUAUUUCCAGCCAAUCCUGUACAGAGAACAAAAGAUCUAUCAAUCAAUCAAUCUAUAUAUAUCUAUAUAUCUAUAUUACGAUAAUCUAUAUUUUCAGUUUUUGUACAUAAUGCAACUCCAAAGAUCUUUUCUCUGCGUUUUUUCCCUUCCUUUUCUGAGGACUAAAUGAAGGUGGCGUCAUACUUUGCACACGUGUAAGUGAGCGUGAGGGGCAGUGCAUUGUCCGUUGCACGGCUAAUUUAUAUAUUUAUGUACGUGUUCUGAGUUGUGUGUGUGUGUGUGUGUGUGCGUUUUUCAGUUGGAAGCUUUCUGAGUCCAGCUGCUCAGCCUCCCCUUCCCACCUCUUCAGCCAGUUGGGUGUUUGAGCCUCCAACGUGGAAGUCCUGGAAAACCUCCGCGCAGCCAGAACUGUCCCGGUGGAGUCUGGUCCGAGACACAAUGAAGGAAACUCUUAAUUUUGCAGAACUUCCCCUUCAAGCCCUUUGCUUCCUGCAUGAUUUCCCAAAGCCUCAGUGGAGAAGGCCGGAUUCCUAUUUUAAGUAUUUAAUUUUAACACUGCUUGUUACCCACACUCCAUCGUUGUGUGGCUUUCUUUCAAGCAUUUCGGUUUCAAUCAAAGGGAAUGUUUUUCCGGGACAGCUGAAGUUUUCCUAAACGUUCCCGGGAGGGGUCUGUGACAACUUGCGGUGGACAACUCGCCAUGGAGCAAGAGUUAACAUUAAUGUAGAAGAAAUGGUAGCAUAGAAUCAUGAAAGGAGGGACAGAAUGAAAUUUUAUUUAAAACAAAUUAAAAAAAAAAACCUUUUAAUUUUUGACAUUCACAGAAUGACAAAACUUGAAAUAUUUUUUUAAAUUUAUUUUAAAUAAAUAGCAUUGUUAAAUUCUCCUGCAGUGAGUUGUCCCGUGAGUGAGUGGUCUCCCGGGAGGAGCCAGGGCUAAGGGCAGGGGGAGUGGAGGCCGAGACCCCAUUUGUAGCCAGUGUUUGUGGCUGUGCAGGUGGAGAAGAGGCUGACCUCCUUUAAGCAGUGUUUCUCAACCUUGACAAUUUUAAGGCAUGUGGACUUCAACUCCCAGAAUUCCACAGCCAGCAAUGCUGGCUGUGGAAUUCUGGGAGUUGAAGUCCACAUGCCUUAAAAUUGUCAAGGUUGAGAAACACUGCAAGUUUAGUGGAUCUUUUUUUCUGUCUUUUGGAAGAGACAAACCUCCUCUCCUGGGCUUAUUUAUUCUGUCAUAUCCUUGUUUUUAUCAACUCAGAGCCAUGGUGUAUAUGCCUUUGUAGAGAAAAAUAUAAUAAUAAAAAAAAAAGUUGCAAAGA